GGCAGCCUCCCCACAGCAGCCCGGCGGCGUGCCGAGGGAGGGAAGGCAGCGCGGAGGAGCCAGGCCAGCCCCUCCCGGCCUCGGACGCCUCGAACCCCCGCACGCCGCCCGCCGCGGUCGGCAGGGCUGCCACGGCUCCUGGCUUGUUCGCGGGCUGAGCGCGCGGCCCCCGCACCAUGGAAGGGCAGGCACGUGGUUUGUUGGAGACUGAUCCACUGCAUGAACCUGAUGAAGAAACAAUCUCUCAUAUUGACCUCAGUAGUAUGAUAUCUGAAGAAGAAAGAGAAGAGUUGAAGACUGAACUAGUUAAGCUAGAAGACGAAAUCACAACUUUACGACAAGUGUUAACAGCCAAAGAGAAGCAUCUGGUGGAAAUAAAACAAAAGCUCGGCAUGAAUCUGAUGAAUGAGUUAAAACAGAAUUUUAGUAAAGGCUGGCAUGAAAUGCAGACUACAACUGCCUACAAGAAAACACAUGAAACUCUGAGCCAUGCAGGGCAGAAGGCAACUGCAGCUUUCAGCAACGUGGGCACAGCCAUCAGCAAGAAGUUUGGAGACAUGAGAUCCCAUUCCAUUGGUUACUCUAUCCGACAUUCCAUAAGUAUGCCUGCUAUGAGGAAUUCUCCUACUUUCAAAUCAUUUGAGGAGAGGGUUGAGACAACUGUCACAAGCCUUAAGACGAAAGUAGGAGGCGCCCCCAGCGGAGGGAAUUUUGAAGAAGUGCUCAGUUCCACUGCCCAUGCAAGUGCUCAGAGUGCUGCAACAGCCCCUCGGGUGCCCGAGAAAGGAGAGCUCCGGUGCUAAGAGGCCCAAGGGGACCACGCUACAGCCCGAAGCUGCCAACUCUACCCAUGCUACCUGUUCUGUCCCUUUUUCAUAGCCAGAUGUGAAGGCCAGAAGCCUCUUUAGUGUGUUGUACUUUUGAAAAAAAUUCCAUCCAUAUUUGUACUUAAAAAGGAACCAUACAGUCAUUGUGGAUGCAGGAAACAUGACCUGAAUGUGAUGCUUAGAAUGUAGCAGACAUGCAACUGGCUGUAACACCUCUCUUUCUGCCAUUCCAAGCACUAACCUUUUUGUCCUUUUGCUUUGCUUUCCCUUAUGUUUGGCUAUCUCAGCAUGUGUGUGUCUGUGAGUGUGUGUGUAUGUCCGUCACUGUGGGGGUCUUUAACACACCACCGCACAACUCUUUUUUUUCAGGCACAGUUCAGUAGACAGUGGAAUUGCUGCUGACAUGCCCAUUCAGCUCUAUGAAGUAUACCAGAUGUGCACCCAGCUACUUGUGUCCUCCCAGCCCUGGCACAUAUAUAAAUUUUAUAUGGUUAUUUAAGGGAUUAGUAAAAUGAUUUUGAAAGUAUAAGGCUUUUUAAAUUUUUAAACUUUCUUCAAGAAUACAAUUAUCUUGGAAAUUUUAUUUCCAAGUUUUUUAUUUCCACUUCCAUUCCUGGGCUUGAUAAAAUAGCUUUAUCAUUAUCUACUACAACUUUAGCCACACUGAACUAUUUUUAUAGAAUCUGCAAUUCUAAAAUCUUCUACAAUCUACUUAUUUAGAUCAAAGGGCAGUUGUUUCACUUCAAAAAUUGGCUAUUUUUC